ACCCAUCAGGCGUUAAUGGAGAUAAGGGACUUACUCUGGGAGAGUUAAGGACAGAAACUGCUGAGUCAAAGGUGUGUGUGUGUUGGGCUGUCUGGAGCAGGACACCGGUUAAGUGAACUGGAUGGGGAGCCUUCCUGUGGACAGGCAUCUGGCUGCAGACACCAUUUUCAACUCCAUGUGGGAGGCAUGCUUGGUUAGAUCAGCAGUAUUUGAGGAUGUGGUGCUGAAAUCAGUGUCUGUUGUAAGCAGUCCGUCGCUACUAACACUUCCAGUGCAGCUUCAUUAAAAACAGAGCUAGCGGUGGUGGGAAAUAGGCCAACAAACUCCAAGGAAUAUAGGGCUGGAUCCUGCUCCCACUGACUCAAUGAGAAUCCUGCCCAUGAUCUCAGGGUAUUGGACACAAUGACAAUCACUGUAGUGUAUGAUAACUCUGAAGCUAUGGAGCUCUGUGCUUCUCAGCAUCUGUAUCUUAAACCAGUAGCAAAACUGACUAUCAAUGUGAUGUUUCCAGAACACACAGAAUCUACCCGAUCUUUCUCUAAGUGGGAAGUGAUGGACAAGCUGAAGAACAUGAUUUGUCCAGACCAAUUUACUACUGUUAGGGUUUCAAAGAGCACUAAGGAUUUCAUUCGAUUUGAGGGAGAGGCAGAAACUAAAAGGUUGAUCCUCACACUUAAGGAAAAACUGCAUGGAAAAGUAAUAAAACUGAAUGGUUUUAAAGAUGACUUGAAGGUGAUGGCCACCGAGGCACAUGCUGACUUUCCAACUCCACAAGAGUGGGCAUCUUACCUGAAUAAAAGAGAGAUUACGAAUGAAGACCUUACUGAGCAAACCGCUGAUAUUCCUGAUUGCAUCUAUUUUGAAGGUUUGCCAUGCAAAUGGUUUGCACUAAAGGGCUCAAAUAGUGAAAAGCCGAGUGAAGAUGUUUUAAGAGUGGUGUUCGAAAGCUUUGGAAAGAUCAAGAACAUAGAUAUCCCUAUGCUUGACCCUUAUAGAGAAGAAAUGGUGGGAGGAAAUUUAAAUAACUUCCUUUUUGGAGGUCUACAGACAUUUGAAGCUUUUGUCCAGUACCAAGAGUACACGGCUUUUGUGAAAGCUAUGGAGUCACUUAGGGGAAUGAAGCUGAUGUUUAAAGGGGAUGAUGGAAAAGCUCUGGCAUGUAACAUGAAGGUGACUUUUGAUACAACCAAACAUUUCAGCAAAGGAGCUAUCAAAAAGAGAAGGCUGGAAAGACAGAAGCUGCAAGAGCUAGAGCAAGAAAGAAAAAGGGAAAAAAAGAGAGAGGAAGAGGAGGCUGCAAGAAAAAGACGUGAUGAUGAAAAAAUUGCUCAAGAAAGAAAAAGGAAGGCUAAGCUCAAGAGGAGAGAACACAGGCAGAUAGAUCGGGAUGAGAAACGCCCAAGAAAGCAGCAGAAGGUAACAGCUGAAGAAGAGCAGUGGCCAGAGAAUAUGCCUGAAUGGGAAGAGAGGAAAUAUCUACUAGCUCAGAGAAGAGUGGAGUCUAUAAGGCUGCUUACAGUGCUGUUAAGCCGAGUAAAAGAUUUUGCACAGUUGACCAGCCAAAAAGAGGAGCCUUUGCUGUACCCUGAAGAGAUAAGAGAGGAUUGCUUUCCUGAGAAGGAGUUACGAAAUGCACAGACAGAGCAGAGAGAAUCCUGUUAUCUUCUACACAAAGAACUGAAGGAUAAGAAAAAUUUUAGCAAUCAGUUCUUCCAAACAGGUAACACCUCUUUUAGUGAGGAAGAGGUGCCAAGUAAUCUACCUGCAUCACCUUGUCAUCUUGUGAGAACGAUCUUAAAUGAUCCAACUGCAGCAAGCACUGGUAAAUUAACUGGCAGGGAUGCGUACAGCUCCUCUGGUGGGUCUUUACAGAUUACAGUUACUCAAGACUGCAAGGUUAUAGAAUCCCGUGAGAGAGAAGACUGUCCUCCUUUGAAGACAGUGCACUCUGGAAAAGUGUCUGGUACAGGGUACUGCAAAAAGCAAAAGAUUUAUGAAACUGACGAGUUUAUACAUUAUUUAUUAAACUAUUAUCAAACUCCAAGCUACGCACGUGUCUGCCUAGAGCCAAAAAGCACUGUUAGCAAGUCUUGGUGGCAGAGGAUAGUGUCUGAUAAUGGGAAUGGCUUUCAGAUCAACUUGAAGAACAAAUAUGGGCGACGCUUUACAGAAGUGAGUUUUGUACAAAACCCUGACAAGGGAAAUUGUAGCAGGGAUGAUAAUUACAGAUGGGAGAUCAUGAUUCGGAAAUCUGAGCCUACGGAGAAUGUGUCAAAAAACAAGGCCUAUGCUGGAGGGUUUACAACAAAAUUCCAAGUACAGUGGAAUGACUCACUUGAUGUUGCUAAUUUACCAUAUGCUGAAUUUAAUAAUUCUUCUUUUGGAGGCACUAACACUAGUCAUGAUAAAGAAUCCAAAGACGACAAUAACAGAAGAGAAGUUGCUCCACCAUACACGUACAAAUUCAGGAAUUUAAUGGAAGAGAUCAGUAGUGAUUCUGAGUAUUUCAGUGAGGCAAAGAGAAUAGAACGAAGAUAUAAAGAUGUUUACAGUGAUGGCAAUAAAGCAUGGUCCCUCCCAAGAGAGAUGGAGAGAAAAUUCCUUGUCUGUGUCAAAAACGUAGGUCAAAAUUAUCCAGAUAAUGAGUCUAGCAAAUGUAGCUUCUGUUCAAAUUCUACCCCUGGUGGUUUGACAAAGCAGUGUAGACAUAAGCUUAAAAAAUCGUACAAGAGGUGCAGUAGUAAAUUGAGACAUGAAGGGCAAAAAAGUGAGUGGAAAUCCAAUGAAGAAGCGAUAAAUACCCACAAAAAGAAGAAAAAGAGAAAAAAGCCCUCUAACAUUUUACCUGACGAACAUGGCUUCUCUGAAAUGGAGAGUUGGAGACAGCUGGAAUCUCUAAAAAAGAUACAGAGAAAAUGUAGCAAAAUGUUCCACCAUAAGAUGAAAUUCAAAACACUUCAUGUGAUGGCAGCAGCAUCAAAGGAUGCCAUCCAUGCUGAUGCCUCUCUGCUUCUGAGAUCUCGCCAAAGGGCAGGUGAGGUGGGGGAAGUGAAAUAGAACCAAGAUGACAUUCCUCAGUUUGACAGGUUUAAGGAUUCUGUGCAGAAUUAUGGUUACUGACACAAUCACUCUGGUAGUCAAGCUCACCUAACUGUUGAAAGUAGUUUAGAAGGAGGAGACGCUGAUUCCUGUGACACCUAAAGGGCUUGACAGUCGUUUAGUGCAGCAGCAGCACUCUUUGGGGUGGGAGACAGACCACAGCACCAUGCCUAGUCCCUGCAGGAUGCUUGUUUGCAUUUGGGUGGCUGUGAGAGUAUGCUGUAGCUACACCCCUGCGCAGGGCUCCUGCUCUUUAGGCACCUACGCAGCCAGGUUAGAAGUGGCCUGGAGAUGAUACCUUUGUCUGGGUGCUGCUUCUCCUGGUGGCAGAAGCCACCGUCAUUCUUAUUUGUCCUGGACCUGGGAACCUAAGAAAUCCUGCUGCUGAAGUGGAGCAAGAAGAGGCUCCCAAGGAUCUGGGCUAAGGUUUAAAUUAAUAAAAGGGGAGAGCGAGGGACCAGUCAGCUCCCCUCCUUCUCUGGCUGGCCAAUGGAUGAGAGCCUCUGGAGGAGGGGUCAUACUGCAUUCCUUCAGCAUCUGCUCCCCACUGCCAUCAAGUUUCCACCUGUUGAGCUGGGUCUUCUCUAGGCAAUGCAAGAUUUACAAAGAAUGAUGUAAAAGCUGAAAAGUAGUAUCCUUGUCCACCUAACUGGAUGGCAAUGUAUCUGUCUCGAAUCCAUGCACAAUAGCAAAUAUAUGCCCAUCCUGUUAUGCUUGUUAAGAUUUAGUGGGGAUAAGUAGUGCACACUCACCAGCUCAUCACAUUUUGGAAGGAGAAUAUGUGCAAUUCUGAAGAUCAGUAAAAUAAUGUAGUGGCUAAAACUACACUUCUAUAGACAUAUUACUGUGGAAAAAUUAACUGGGAAAGAACAGUGUACAGCACUGUUUGAACUGACUGAGGCACUAUACAUUUGGCCUUCUGAUCUCCCAACAGGAGUGGAAUAAUUCUAUUUGGCUUUCCUUUUUUAAUUUUGAUUCAGUCUAUUAUGCUUUAGCUACAUGGCUGCAUCACUCCAGCAUCUUUUUCUGGGAAAUCUCCUUCAAAUAUCUCGUUUUUUCUCCUUAUCUACAGGAGAUGAGAGGAAAUUAACACUGAGGAAAGAGAUGGAUGCAGAUGUUGGAGGAUGUCGUUUCCUGUUGAGUUAAUUUAGACAAAUCCAUGCUCUGAUGCUGUCUGUGGAGCAGAACCCAAAAGAGAAUGCUGAAUAGUUGCUAGCUAAUGGCAAUGGGGUCUUGAAGCUGCUCACAGAAGGCCCCCCCCCAAACAAUCAAACAAAACCCUUUUAUAUGACUCUAAGAAGUGAACUGUAAGGCCAGGUUUUUAGUGCAAUGGUUCCCAAACUUAUUCCACCGCUUGUGCAGGGAAAGUCCUUCGGCCUGCACCGCUUCCAGCAGCUCCC